UCUCUCUCAUCUGUAUUUGUUGUCUCUCGAUCGAUCGUGUAACUGAGAACGAAGAUGCAAGCAGUUUCCAGGAGAUUAGUUCAACGGCCUCUCGCCGAAGGAGCUUCGAUCUAUUCGUCUUCUUCCCUCAGAUCGCUCUAUGGAGUCUCAAAUCACCUGAAUGGGAGUGAUAAUCGUCGGUAUUCGUCUUCCCUCGCUACUAAGGGAGUGGGGCACCUCGCUCGCAAGGGUACUGGUGGGAGGUCUUCCGUUAGUGGUAUUGUAGCUACAGUAUUUGGAGCCACAGGAUUUCUGGGUCGCUAUCUUGUGCAGCAGCUAGCUAAAAUGGGAUCACAAGUGCUCGUUCCUUUCCGAGGCUCAGAGGACUCUCCUCGACAUCUCAAGCUGAUGGGAGAUUUAGGACAGGUAGUGCCAAUGAAAUUUGAUCCAAGAGAUGAAGACUCGAUUAAGGCUGUCAUGGCCAAGGCUAAUGUUGUUAUCAAUCUAAUUGGAAGAGAGUACGAGACCAGAAAUUUCAGUUUUGAGGAAGUCAACCAUCAUAUUGCUGAGAAACUUGCAUUGGUGGCAAAGGAACACGGUGGGAUAAUGAGAUAUAUUCAAGUUUCUUGCCUAGGAGCUUCAAUGUCAUCUCCUUCAAGAAUGCAGAGAGCAAAGGCUGCUGCCGAGGAAGCUGUCUUGAAUGCGCUGCCUGAGGCCACCAUCAUGCGACCUGCAACCAUGAUUGGUACAGAGGACAGAAUCUUGAACCCCUGGUCAAUGUUCGUUAAAAAAUAUGGCUUCCUCCCGCUCAUAGGUGGUGGGACCACCAAAUUCCAGCCUGUUUAUGUGGUUGAUGUUGCUGCUGCAAUCGUUGCAGCUCUAAAGGAUGAUGGCUCCAGCAUGGGGAAAACAUAUGAAUUGGGUGGUCCAGAUGUCUUUACCACUCAUGAGUUGGCAGAGAUCAUGUAUGAUAUGAUUCGUGAAUGGCCUCGGUAUGUGAAUCUUCCAUUUCCAAUUGCCAAGGCGAUGGCGUCUCCUAGAGACUUCAUGGUGAACAAAGUACCUUUCCCCUUACCCUCUCCGCAGAUCUUCAAUCUGGAUCAAAUCAAUACACUUACAACCGAUACACUUGUAUCCGACAAGGCCUUGAAGUUUCAGGAUUUGGACCUUGUCCCCCAUAAGUUGAAAGGAUAUCCGGUCGAGUUUCUUAUCCAAUAUCGCAAGGGCGGCCCUAACUUCGGUUCGACUGUCAGUGAAAAGAUACCAACAGACUUCUAUCCUUAAUGCUGCUUCUCCUUAAAAGGGUAUUUCCUGGACUAAUUUUUUCAUGCAAGUGUCACAAUGAAAUCGCGGAAACCAGAUUUGGUAUGUUGAUGCCUUUCAUUUACUUUUGUUGAUAAUAAACGAGUCCUCCUCUUUGUUGUGUUCUGAAAAAAAAAAUAUAACACAUCAACAUUAUAAGUUAGAGAGGGGGCAUUAUCUUUCUUGAUGGGGCGAUUUGGUCCCUUAGGAAUUAUGCAGUAUCUGGUUCAUUUCGAACUAUGUGUCCUACUUUGCUCUUGAGUAUAACUAAAGCCAUAUGCUUUCGUCUUUGCGUUCCAUA